AUGCAUCAAGCUAAACCUCCGAUUGAUAUCAUACGUAUUGAUAAACGUCUUUUAUCAACUAAUUUAUCAUUAAAAUUAAAACGUAUGAAAACUGAACCAGUAUCAUCGGAAGAUUUUCAUUCACAUCCAAUUUUACCACCAAAAUCUGUUUCUUAUUUACCUAAUGGUCAUAUACCAACACCACCACAAUCACCAAAAUAUUCUCCAGUUGAUCUUAAUCCUCCUGCACCAAGUGUUAUUUUAGAAACACGCCGUGAAGCUUUAUCUGCACAAUUACAACAAUAUUGUUUAUCUCAACCAAUUUGUGUUGUACGUGGUUUAGCAAAUGUACUUAAACUUGAUUUAGGUUUAUUUUCAACUAAAACACUUAUUGAAACACAUCCUGAACAUCAAAUUGAAGUACGUACACAACGACAACAAGCAAGUGAUGAAAAUAUUGAUUUUACAUCAUUAGCAACACCAAUAAAAAAUGUUUGGAAAUGUGAAUCAAGUCGUUCAUAUACAACUAUAGCUAAAUAUGCUCAAUAUCAAGCAUGUUCAUAUCAUGAUAUGAUUAAAGGAGAUCCAAAUGAGCCAUUAGUAUCAUCAACAGUUAAUGGAACAUCAAAAAAACAGUCUAAUCAUACUUCAUUGGGAUUAUCUGCACGUACAAUUAAAUUUGGUACAAAUGUUGAUUUAUCAGAUGAACAAAAAUGGGCUAUACAAUUAGCUGAAUUAAAUAAAUUACCAUUAUUUCUUCGUGUUGUAUCAGCAGGAAAUCUUUUAUCACAUAUUGGAUACACAAUAUUAGGAAUGAAUAGUGUACAAUUAUAUAUGAAAGUACCAGGAUCAAGAACACCUGGACAUCAAGAAAAUAAUAAUUUUUGUUCAGUUAAUAUUAAUAUUGGACCUGGAGAUUGUGAAUGGUUUGGUGUUGCAACUGAAUACUGGGGAGUUUUAAAUAAAUUAUGUGAAAAAAAUGGAGUUAAUUUUUUAGUUGGCUCAUGGUGGCCAAUAUUAGAUGAUUUACAUGAAGCACAAGUACCUGUUUAUCGUUUUAUACAAAAACCGGGAGAUCUUGUCUUUAUUAAUACUGGAUGUGUUCAUUGGGUUCAAGCAAUUGGUUGGUGUAAUAACAUAGCUUGGAAUGUUGGUCCAUUAACAUAUAAUCAAUAUUAUGCAGCAAUUGAACGUUAUGAAUGGAAUAAGCUAAAUUCAUGUAAAUCUAUUGUACCUAUUGUACAUUUAACAUGGAAUAUUGCACGAAAUAUGCGUGUUAGUGAUCGUCAAUUAUUUGAAUUAAUAAAAUUUAUUUUAACUCAAUCAUUAAAAUAUGUUCAAUUAACAUUAUUAUAUUUAGAAGAACAAUUUCAUGAUAAACUUGAUAUAAGAAAACAAUUACGUACAUCAGAUGAACCUGCACAUUAUUGUAUAACAUGUGAUUGUGAAGUAUUUAAUAUUUUAUUUGUCACAGAACUUGAUCGUAAACAUGUUGUACGUUGUUUAAAUUGUACUUUACAAAAUGAUAAACACUUAGAAAAUGUUGUUGUUUUAUAUCAAUUUCCAUUGGAUGAUCUUACAUCAGUUUAUGAUCAAUUUCAGUUAUCUCUUUUACCAAUAUUGAAUUCACCAACUUGA